CUCAACAGACUAUAUUAAAUGUUUUGUUGACCAUUUGAAAUUUGACAAUUUAUUUUUAUCUUUCUCUUCUUACUACAUUUAUUGACAGAUGAUCAAAAUCUGCAUUUGCAAUUCAAAUAUCUAAAUUAAUCUGAUUAUAAGAUAAGCGUGUAUUAAAUUCACAAUAUUCUUUUCUCCAAUAUAAAUAGGGGCCACUACCUCAUAACCUUUGCAAAUUAAGGUUGUGAGCAAAUUAAGCAAAGAAAAUCAAUGGCUUCUUCUUUCACUAUUACCUCAUUUCUUGUAUCUUUUUUUCUAUCCAUUCUCUUCACAUCAACAAUUGUGAAGGGAGAUUUAGUUAGUGAUAUUUGCGCCAAAACACCCAAUGCUACUCUUUGCGAGACACUUUUAAGAUCAGAUCCUCAUUCUAAAACCGCAGAUCUUGAAACCCUAGGCGCGAUCACGUUCAACAUGACUUCCAAACUUAUCGACUCAACAUCCGCUCUGGUAACUUCUCUUCGCGAUAACGCGACGAACGCAACACUAAAAGAAGUAUACUCAAAGUGUAUUGACCAAUAUGCAUUUGUAGAACUAAGUAGGGAAAAUGCAGAGGGUUAUUUUAAGGACAAAAAAUGUGGACAAGUUGUCCAUUUUAUGAGUCGUUCAAUUGGUGAUUUAUUGACAUGUGAUAGUAGCUUUUUUGAACAUUCAGUGGUUGAAGAUGAGAAGCUACAACAAGCUAGUUUUUCGUUGGAACAAUAUUGCAGUGCUAUUAUUGUUAUGGCUGUUCGUCUCUAGACGAUAAAAAAUCUUAGAAUUUUUCACAAAUUUGUUAAGAGCUAUAAUAUAAAUUAUAUUAGCUCCUUAUGUUUAUGUUAAUUUCUCGGUUCUUGUAAUCUGGCCAAAAGAAGUGUGAUCUCAAUCAAGUCCAUGCUAAUUUAGACAUUUUUUUAAAUGUCUAAAUUUGUUUUUAAAAAUCCUCUUAAUAUCUUAAAUCCUAAGCCAUCCCCCAUAAAAGGAAGCCCUUUAUCUCUUAAAAAAUUGGUCAUCAGCUCCAAUUUUACCAUCGUGUAAAGUGAUCUCUUAAUCCUUAGCGCUCAUCUAAAGUUCAGACUUUUAACCAUGGUGAAAAGUCUAAAUUACUAAUUUUGUCGUACGACUAAGCAGAGGCGAAUUCAAAAUUUAAACUUAAUAGGUUCAUUUUUAAUAUUUUCAGUAUUAAACUCAUUAUACUGUUAUAAUUAUGGGCUCAAUUAUAAGAUUAGUUGAGACUUUAAUAAGAUUUUACAGACUCUGUAUCGAAGGUUAUGAGUUCAAACGAACCCAUAGCCGAUAGGCUACAUUUGCCCUUGCGUCUGAGAUCCAAAGUUAGCCAUCGUAGUGGACAAAGCCCACUACCCGUUUAUUAGGUCCUAGUCGCAAGGGUGGAUCCAGUGUAGCGGUGCCAGGUUCAUAUUAACUCAAUACUUUUGACGUAAAGCAUGAAUUUAUGUGUAAAAAUCAUUUAAAAUAGGAACAAAUAAUUGAUAUGAACCCAUAACUUUAACAAUAUAAUG